AUGCCUCAAGUCUACACAACAGAUCACUCAACCUCAGUGCUGCGCACGCACAGCUGGCGCACAGUCUCCAACUCCGCGCCAUACCUCCUCCCACACCUAAAACCAGACAUGAAAAUCCUAGAUGUAGGCUGCGGACCUGGCUCAAUCACAAUUUCCCUCGCAAAACUGGUCCCAUCUGGACAUGUCACAGGCGUGGAAUACGUGCCCGAUCCACUAGAAGGUGCGCGUGCCCUUGCGCAAGCCGAAGGCGUGUCGAACAUUACGUUCCAAGAAGGAAACAUCCACGCCCUGCCAUUCGAGGACAAUACCUUCGACGUGGUACAUGCGCACCAAGUUCUGCAACAUAUUGCGGAUCCAGUUCACGCGCUAAAGGAAAUGCGGCGAGUCGCUAAGGACGGCGGCAUUGUUGCAUGUCGCGAGUCGGCGGAGUUGAGCUGGUAUCCUGAGUCUGUGGGGAUUGCCAAGUGGCGCGAGGUUACGGAGCGCAUGCAACUUGCUAAAGGUGGCAAUCCGCAUCCUGGGAGGAUGAUUCAUGUUUGGGCGCGAGAGGCUGGGUUUGACAGUAGGAGAGUGAAGAGGAGUGCGGGGGCUUGGUGUUUUGGGGGUGAUGAGGAGAGGGCGUAUUGGGGUGGGUCUAUGGAGGAGAGGGCUAGAUCUUCUGGGUUUGCGAAGAAUGUUGUUGAGGAGGGCUUUGCAGAGCCGGAGGAUUUAGAAGUUAUUGCAGCGGGGUGGAGGCAGUUUGUGGAAGAUGAAGAUGCCUGGUUUGGUUUGUUGCACGGGGAGAUGUUGUGUUGGAAGUAA